AUGUCGGAAAUCGACAUGUCGGUUAUUAAACCAGAGAUGAUGAAGCCCUAUAUUUGGCUUCAGACUUCAGACGGUUCCAUCCAACAGGUGGAACAAGAAAUCGCAAUGUUUUGCCCUUUCAUUUGUCAAGAAAUUAUACAAAAAGGCGCCGGUUCUUCCAAAAAUUGUGCCAUAUGCCUUCCUGAAAAAGUCACUCCUGCUAUGUUGAGUUUAGUUCUUGAUUAUUGUCGUUUUCAUCAAGUACCAGGUCGCUCAAACAAGGAACGAAAGUCUCACGAUGAAAGAUUCAUAAGGAUGGAUACCAAACGGCUCUGUGACUUGACAUCUGCCGCAGACAGCCUUCAGUUGAGGCCGCUGGUUGAUCUUACAAGUCGUACACUUGCAAGAAUAAUUGAAGGAAAAUCUCCUGAGGAGAUACGGGAGAUAUUUCAUUUGCCGGAUGAUCUCACAGAGGAAGAGAAGUUGGAGCCUCUGAAAAACACAACCGAUGACCCGAGGAUAAGGCUUUUGAACCGGUUGUAUGCGAAAAAAAGGAAGGAGCUAAAAGAGCGUGGGAGAUUAAAGAAUGCUGAAUUAGAAGGAGAGCAUGUAGAUGAACGCUCGGUAGAUGACCUCUUGUCUUUUAUUAAUGGAAAUGAUGAAGAUUCAAAAGGGUCUAAAACUUCUAAGAGUAAAAAGAAGAAUAGAAGAAAAAAAGAGCAGAAGAAGAGCUCUCUUUUGACGGAAGCUUCCAAACCGAAAAAGGAGUUAAGUGGUCAUAGUUCUGUAUCUGAUAAAAUCGGUGGGACCUCAAAUAUGCAUAGAGAAGAUGACACUUUUAGUCAUAAAGGGUUUGAUGAUGACGAUGAUGGAGAUGUAGAUGAUGAGAUUGAUCCUGCACUACAGGAAAAAAUUGAUAGGGAAGUAGAAGAUUUUGCCCGCCGAUUAAAUUCUGACUGGCCAGAAAGGAUGCAAGAAUUUUUAUCAUCAGGGCAAGAAAGGAAGUCGACGCUUUUUACUACCAAUGGGAAUGGUCUUCUAAGGCGAAAUAUUUGA